AUGACCGAAGACCGAAAGAUUAAGAACGUUGAAGAGAUAAUAUAUAAAGACAAGAUUAGUGAGUUACCGGAAGAUUUGCUUGUAACGAUAUUGAGUCUUAUCCCAACAAAAGACGCAGUGGCCACCAUGUUUCUUUCGAAACGAUGGCUCUCUGUCUGGACGAUGAUACGAACACUUGAGUACAAAGACAUCGACGAAAUGAAAACGAGCGUUUGGAACUUUCUUGACAAAUCGAUGCAACUCCAUAAGGCACCUGUAAUAGACCACUUGUGCGUCAAACUCGGUCAAUCAUGUCCUACUGAUGUUGAUGUCGUAAAGUGGGUUGCAAACGCUGUCUCUCGUUGCUUGCUUGACCUAGAAUUCGUGCUCUCCUGGUCUGCAGAUCCAACCAGCUUGCCCUAUAGCCUUUACUCCUGCGAAUCUCUCGUGACAUUGACUCUCUGCCACAAGAUUCUCGUGGAUGUUCCUUCUCCAUCAUGCCUACCAUCCCUUAGAGAGCUCGAUCUAGACUGUGUGGUGUAUAAAGACGAGGAUUCUAUUGUUAGGUUCUUAUCGGGCUGCCCCGUUCUGAAGUGUCUAUACGUGAAGCGGAAAAAGACUGAUAAUGCGAAAAAGUUCACUAUAAAAGUUCCUUCUUUAUUGGAAUUAGAUUAUAUUAAUCGUUUGUUUGAUUAUGAUUUAGACGAUGCCCUCGUUAUCGAUACUCCGAGAUUAGAGGACUUUAGCAUCUGUGAUUUUUUUGGAGACUUUAGCUCGAUCGAGAAUAUGCAUUUUCUCAAGUGUGCAUAUAUCAGUCUUGACACUUGCACUAGUGAAAAGAUUAUAAGUUCUGUUUCUUCGGUCUCAUCUCUUGAGUUCUUUUUGUCUGAUGAAAUGGAUUGGGGAUCAGCCAAGGAUAUUACACUUUCAUGGAAUCAACCGAUCUCCACUCCCGGAUGCUUGUCGUCGCAGCUCGAAACCUUUAAGUGGAAAGAAUAUAGGGGAACAGAAGGAGAAGAACAGUUCUUGAGAUACGUCUUAGCCAGCUCUAAGUGUUUAAAUACCACGAUAAUCUCUUUGGAGUACACCUUGGAAAGGAAUCAUGAAGAGAAACAUCUGAUGAUGGAGAAGCUGAAAGAUAUUCCUAGGGCUUCAACAACAUCUCAGCUAUUGUUUGAAUAUAUUUCGUUCAUUUAA